UGAAGAUGUGCGUACGCCCCUCGAGGUGGCGCCAGUGAGUGGUGCGGGGGCUGCGAGCGGGGCGAUAAGCGGAGCAGGUGGCGGAGCGGGUGGUGGAGCUGGUGGCGGGGCAACCGGCGGGGCGGGGGGCGUUUCCGAGCGGACGCCCUGUGCCUGUGCCGCUGGGCCCCCGCCACGCCGCCAGCCCGCCCCACAUGAAAUAUUGCGCCCCAAACCCAGAAGGUGA